AUGAUCCCAGCCCCAGAAGGUCGUCUGGAAGCUCCGUCGCCGAUGUCCCAGAACGGCUCGGAGCCGCAGAACUCGGGCGUGGCGGCGAAGGCGUUCGUCUCCAUGACACCCUGCCUGCUCUGCCUGUACAUCAACGGCGUCAUGCUCUUCUCCCUCGGCCGGCGGCCCGCCUUCCUGGAGUCGUCGCGCUACCUCCUCUUCGGCCACCUGCUCCUCUCCGACUCCCUCCACCUGCUGGCGUGCGUGGCGCUCUACCUGGUGGCCGUGGCGCGCGCCCGGCUCGCCCGCCUCCUGUGCGUCUUCCUGCUGCUGCUGGGCGACGCCGUGGCCACAGCCUCACCCUUCACCCUGGCCCUGAUGUCCCUCGAGCGCUACGUGGCCGUCUGCCUCCCGCUGAGGCACGCCGGCGUCUCCACGCCGCGCCGCACCGGAGCCACGCUGACGGUGGUGUGGUGCGUGGCGGCGGUGGACCCCGUCAGCGAGCUGCUGUACUUCCUGGCGCUGGACGACCGGCCGAACGCCCGGCAGCGGCCCUGCCAGCGCAAGGCCGCUCUGGGCUGGGCGCUCUUCGGCCGCAUCAACACGGCAUUCACCGCGGUCUACUUCCUGCUGGUGGGCGGCGUCAUCCUGUACACCUACGUCCGCAUCCUGUUGGCGGCGCGGUCGGCGGCGGGGACGUCGGCGGCGGGGUCGCGGGCGAGCGCGGCACGCCGGACGGUGCUGAUUCACAUGCUCCAGCUGUGCCUGUGCCUGGCCUCCACCACCUUCAACGCCAUGAGCUCGCUGGUGAUGCUGAGCUUCGGCGUCGUCAUGGCGCGCAACGUCCAGUACCUGCUCUUCCUCUCGCUCGUCAUCUUCCCCCGCGUGCUCAGCCCGCUCAUCUACGGCCUGCGGGACAAGGCCUUCCGCCGCGUCUUCACGCUCUACUUCCUGUUCGGGCUCAGGACGCACAGGAAGCCUCUCGCGUAA